AUGACUAGAGCCAAGAUCGAACUUGCUUACAUAACAGAUCCUGCAAAGAGGAAAGCAACUUUCAAGAAAAGGAAAAAUGGUUUGAUGAAAAAGAUCAGGGAAAUCACUGUCCUUUGUGGGAUUGAUGCAUGUGCUGUAGUGUAUAGUCCUGAUCUGCCUAACAAGCCAGAGGUUUGGCCAUCUGAAUCAGAAGCCAGAAGUGUGAUUUCCAAGUUCAAUGGUGUGUCUGAGGCUGAGAAAAGAAAGAAAAUGUUCUGCCAAGAAAGCUUUAUAAGACAAAGAAUUGACAAAGGCAAAGAGCAGCUGAAGAAACUGAAGAAUGAAAAUAGGAAGAGGGAGAUUAACCUUCUCAUGUGUGAAUACCUCACUCAUGGAGGCAACAACCUUGACAGUAACAACAUGAGUUAUCUCAAGGACUUUUCAUUCUUCACUGAUCAAAACUUGGAUGAAAUUAGAAACAAAAUCACUAUGCUCCAUACCCAAGAGGAGACACCAGAAAACAUGGCUCAAGGAGACCAAGCACAGGUUCAUGUGCCAAUGACCAAUUUUUCUAGAGAAAAACUAAAUUAGUCUGUGGAUAGCAUCAAUGCUGGUGAUGAGAAUGCGUGUUAACAUUGGAAGAUGUUCUUGUUGUCUAAAUUUUUAAGGUUUCUCUUGAUUGAGUUGUUCUA